AUGUCUUUUUUGACGGCACAGCCGCUGGGCGUUUCGUUGCCUCCUCAGGAUCCAAAUGCAAUCUCUGUGUCCAUGCCUCAAUGGUCUCACAUCGUAGGAUAUGAGGAAGCACAGCCAGAGGUGAUCAAUGCAAUGACCUGCGGUUAUCCUCGCUUUUUCCGCCAUCCAUUGGUAGUGGAGCUCCAGACGUUUGUCAAGAAUCAGAUUUUCUCAGAAGACGAUAGUGACAUUUGGGAGUUGAUGAUCGUACCAACUUCUGACGUAGCGGACCGUCUUCGACACUUUUUGUUGAGUAGUAAUUCUGAUUCUGUCAAAAAUGAAGAUGUAUCGAUCCAUGUUGUCAAAAAUAGUGUGCACGUCGUACGAUUCCCACGUUGUAUCAGCCACUCAGCCAAACAAUAUUGGCAGCAUUCAGGGGAGAUUGUAACGUCACGACAUGCUGAAAAGCUGCUUGAAAUGCUCAAAAAUGACGAUUUUACGAGGCUGCCAGUACUGGGACAUACUAUCAAGCAUUUGACGUUGAAGAAACGGGUGGCGGAGCUUUAUUUGAUUUCUGAAGAUAGUACAAAAGUGGCUUUAUACCCGACCGGUAUGGCUGCUAUUUUCUCUACGGUGAGGCUAUUGCAGAAGCUUCAAGGAGGUAAUUAUAAGAGCAUUUUAAUGGGCUUCCCAUAUGUUGACACACUCAAAAUUCUGUCAAGAAAAGAAUGGUGUUCUCUUGGAGUGUAUUUCUUUCCUAUUUGUGGAGAUAAAGAGAUCCAGGAGGUAGAAACUAUUGUAGCUAAGGAAAAGGUGCUUGGUAUUUGGACCGAGUUCCCGAGCAAUCCGUUGUUAUCCAUGGCAGAUCUCAAGAGACUUGCCAAGUGUGCUCAUGACAAUGGAACUGUGCUGGUAGUGGAUGAUACAGUCGGAUCGUACAAUGUGAACACAAUGAAACAUGGCUGUGCAGACCUGGUGGCCACGAGUUUGUCCAAGAUUUUCAGUGGUACGGGCAACGUGAUGGCAGGCAGUGUGGUGCUGAACCCUGAAAGUCCGAGGGCAAAGGAGCUUGAGGCCAUUUUCGACCCUGAAGGUGAUGGGUUUUUGGUUGAAGAGGACGUUGAUGCUCUGAUUGAGCAAUCUGAAAACCUCGCAGAGCGGCUUGCAAAGACGAAUGCGACCACCGCCGAGAUUAUUCAUCGACUGUUUCAACACCCGGUUGUGAAGGAAGUCUACUACCCGACACUUGGCGACGCUAAGAACAUGUAUGACCCUUUCUUGAAUUUGUUGGAAGAGAAAGACAAGCCUCGCUACGGCCCUUUGUUUUCAAUCGUGCUGCACGGGGGACUGGACCCAGCCAAGGCAUUUUACAAUGCACUGACGAUUGCCAAGGGCCCGAGCCUCGGCACGAACUUCACAUUGGCUUGUCCAUACGCGCUGCUUGCCCACUAUGAUGAGCUGGAUUUCGUGGAGUCUUGUGGCGUCGAUCGUAACCUCAUUCGCAUCUCCAUCGGCCAGGAGGAUGUGGAAGUUAUUUGGACUGAUUUUGAGCAAGCUUUUGCUGCCGCUAGUGCCUUCGUAACGUCUGAAACUAUGACGUCAAGUAAGUAG